AUGGUCCUGGGUGCAAAAUGCAAGACCCAUGAGUCGAUCAUUGGCGUUACUAUUGAUUUGGGUAUGGUUAGUGUUUUGAGGGUUGAAAUAAGAGGGAACAACUUCAUCGAGAGGCGAUGGGAAGUGGCGAAUGAUGCUCUAAGCAUCACCACCUCCGACCAUGAAUGCGACGUUGACGGCGUCCAUCCGGUGGGCAUGGGCCCAUUUGAGAGAAACGAUGAGGAGGAGGGUGAUCUGGACGUGGUCGCGGCGCUGCGCAGGGACUUGAUGAGCUGCAAAAGGAUCCCCCACAGAAACAAACAAGGAGUUGCCAAAGCUCAAGAACCAUUGCAACUACUACUGCCGCUCCACGACCCGACAUCAGUCCCCCGACCGCCACCCCUCGACGGCCACCCCGUCGCCUUCCACCUCCCGGCCGAGCACCUGGAAAAUGUCUCCGGCAGCGUCUUAAUGGCCGAGACAUGGCUCAGGAGCCACGUUCUACCUCACUAUCCUUCCACCAACGUCACCGCCAUCAUCGUUGGCCACGCUGUCUUCUGCGAUGACCGCCGCCGCCGCCUGCUUGGCCUCGUCCGGCCGGCCGUCAGGAACCUCCACUACUCCCUCACCAGGUGGGGCCUCCAGAACGACAUCAAGGCCACCACUUCCUUUUCAUCCGACUGUUUGGACGGAAGAUCAGACGUCUACACAGACGAUUUAGCCGAAAACCACAUUAAACCUCUGUUAGUCACUCUGCAAGAAAUUGGGUCGCCGAUUGCGGUGAACCCAUUGUCCGAAAAGAUUUUCGAUUUUCUGAAAUCCCACUCUCUGCCGUUGAAGAAUCUCGGGGAUUUCCACGCCGGCAGGGUCAAUUUGGUAAUUUCGAGCCAAACGGCCGGAAACCUGCCCACCUCCCGGAAGCUCUCCGCCAUCGAUAUCAGCAACAACGUCGUCCCUUUCCCGGCGCCCGCCGCGAAGCCCCCCCUGCCACCGCUGGUGGGGACAAUCUCUCCGGCGGCGCCGCAUUUCCUCCCGCCUCUGUCUCCGGCGGCCAGCCCGCCGUACGGGCCGCAUCUCCCCCCGUGCGAGCCGUUGGGAGCUGCAAGUGCGCCGGCGUUUGGGUUCCGGGAGAAGGUCUGGUGUGUGGCAAAGCCGAGCGUGCCCGCAGAGACGCUGCAGGAGGCGCUGGAUUUUGCGUGCGGGGAGGGAGGCGCGGAUUGCGAGGCUAUCAAGGAAGAAGGGAGCUGCUAUUUCCCAGACACGUCCGGUAAUCAUGCGCAAGAAUCAUGGGAGGAUGCGCAAGAAUCAUGGGAGGGGAGAGAGAAAGAGAAGUAA